AAUAAUUGACAACUGACAAGUUUGUUGUGACCUAUCUUCGACAUUGUAAUUUGUAUCUUUGGUGUUUUCUGUGUUGUCAAUAAUUCGAACACAGUUUAGGGCAAUUGACUUGUCGAAAGUAUUAUGCGUUGUGUGGUGAACCCGAUAGUGAAAAUGAGUUAUUACUUUCAGUUGCAAAUGACGACCGUAAUAAUGAGAUUACAAUACUUUGGUUUGCGUUAAGGCUUUGGUCCUGGCUGGAAGAGAAAAUGAGUUACAAUAGACUGAGCAAUGGUGAUGUAAAUCAGGAGGGGUCGCCGAUUAGACACGUUUGGAAUCCAAAUUUGUAUCGCUUGCAGCAGGAAGCACCUCGACCCAUCAUGGUGCCAUGCUCGAUUCCUGUGCACAGCCGACCUCAGUACUAUGGUCGGGAGUACCACGGCGAUAUGUCACACACUGAGGCUGAAGCAAUUGUAACAGAAGAGGGGGCAUUCCUUGUACGGAGAUCGAACAGAAAUGGCGGCUGCUUCACCCUUACAUUCAGGUUUGGUGGCAAGCUGAAGCAUUACAAACUGUACUAUGACGGGCAGCACUACGUGCUGGACAAGCGAUUCGACACGGUACACGACCUCGUAGCCGAUGGCCUGGUAACGCUCUACAUAGAGACACAUGCCCGUUCCUACAUAGAGCUGAUGGACAGCAUCAGUUGUUAUGAGACUUCGCCAUACGUGACACUCAAUAAGCUGAAGAGAAGGGCUGUAAUUGGCUGUAAUGUCUCACUGCUGCAAGCUGAGAGGGAAGCUUCGCAGAUUUCUGGUUCAGAUGUUGCCGAUUCCUCUGUAGACAUAGAUUUCAGCAAGCCACAUAAUUUUAAAAUACACACAUUCAAAGGACUGAAUUGGUGUGAAUUUUGUGGAAACUUUCUUUGGGGCUUCACAGCACAAGGAGUUAAAUGCGAAGACUGUGGGUUCUCUGCACACUGCAAAUGCUCCCGAAAGGUGCCGUCAGACUGUUUGCCCAAACUGAAGGGUGUGCGCGGAGUAUUCGGCCUGGACCUGACGACGUUGGCUUCGCAGCAGCGCAGCCACGUACCGCGCGUCGUGAGGCGCUGUGUCGAGGAGAUAGAGCGACGCGGCCUGGACACAGAGGGCCUGUACCGCGUGUCCGGCUUCGCUGAGGAGGUCGAGGCACUCAAGCUGGCACUCGACACAGAUGGUGAAUUGGCAGACCUCGGACCAGAGAAGUACGACAACAUCAAUGUUAUUGCCGGAGCUCUGAAACUGUACCUGCGUCUGCUGCCCAUACCUCUCAUUACAUUUGAUGCUCAUCCACCACUUAUUGAAGCAACUAAAAAGAAGACUGUAUCUGAACAGUUAGCAGCUAUGAAGGAAGCUGUUAUGAUUCUGCCUCCUGCACACUACCAAACUUUGAAGUUCCUCAUGGAGCAUCUCCACAGGGUAUCGCAGCACGUGGACACCAACAAGAUGACAUCACACAACCUGAGCACAGUGUUCGCACCGACACUGAUGCCGUCUCCGGACCCGUCGAAGAUAAGCGGCGCGAUGUACGGAAUGGCGUUGGAGAUAGCCGCCUUGGAGAUGCUGAUCACGCACUGCGAGACCGUCUUCAGGUGACAGUACGCCUGGCAGUCGUCGCUGACCCCCACGGCCUCACCGCAGCUGUGACGGGUACGGCGGAUUGACGGAGAAUGUCGAACGCGCACUCGACCCCGUAGUGGACACCUCGUCGUCCCGAUUUUUGCGUGCUGGGACGGACUGAACGUAUCGUAUGACCACACCCAGCCACCGGGAGUAUCUCUGUAUCUACUCACUGUAAAAGUUAAGGGACAACCCUGGUUUUUCAGGUUGUAGUACGCAACACCAGAGCUCUCUAGUACUCUAACGUUGACAUUUCUCUUUCCUCACAGAAAGCCCUUUAACAUUAAGCAGAGGGAAAACCCCUCAUUUUUCAGGUUGUAAUAUUUGAUACCAAAGCUCCUUAGUGCACUAGUGCUUGUUUCUCGUGCUUCACACAGUGUCCGUUUCUUGAAGACUUGGCCAAAAUACAAAUUAUUGGCAUGGGCACAUGCACAAGAGUGCAUGUUGGCCUUCUUUCACAGUUGUAAUGAGCAACAUACACAAAAGCAUCAAAAGGAUAAUGCAUUUGAGAGAACAAAACUUUGAGAGGUGGCUGACAAUAACUUUCAGGUGAUGAAAUUUCUGCCUUUAGAAACAUUGAGAAGUAGUGAAGAAAAGGAAAAGUCAGUUACUACUUUUUCAGGGCAGAAACAUAGAUUGGUUAGGUUAAAGGUUAGGUCACUCAGAUCUCAAGUUGAGAGGAACCAAACUGUUACGAGGAAUGCACAUAUAAAAUGAUAAGAAGGUAGAAUGCCCAGCCAGUACUUACCUCUUGAGACAAAGCUCAAGCAUUGCUGAUAGAAACACUUACAAAAUAGAUAAAAACAUUUGUAGCUUUUGAUAAUACUUCCUUACAAAAUAAAGAAGUAUUUCAAAUCCUAGCUGUGGUUUUUAUGCUUAAGUAUUUCUGUUGGUAGUACUUGUAUAAAGGUUGUUCUAGCCAGCCAUUCAGUCUUCUUGUAAUUGUACACUUUUCUCAAAUGACUUUUCCUGGAAAUUUUUUUGCUGGUACGUAAAAUAUUGUUGUAAGUUAAACUUGAAACUUGGUGACAGCUGUUUGUGUGUUCAUGUCAGAAUUUCUCUUCACUUUAAAAUAAAAGGACAUUACAGUCUCUUACUUAAAAUUUUAGCUGUUUGCUAUUUUAUAUAUUUUGUCUACAGUUUUGUUUAUACCUAGUGAUCAGUUAGUAACUGUCUCCAUGUCUGACAUUACUAAUUUCUUCUAACAUGAAAAUUUUGCUUAGGCGGAAGUCAGCAGCAUGUACAAACUUCAAGAAAUGCAUCACACCGUGUUGUCUAUAAUUAUAGUUCCCUGCGUUUCUGGACAUUCUAAUGUGGUUUUUCUCAACUGUUUUCAUUUCUGAUCGUGGAAGUAGUUUUCCUUGCCUGUAUUCCUUAGUUGGGGGCAGGAAAGGUGGUGGCACAUAGUUCCUAAUUGUUGCGUCAGGGGAUGCAGUGGUUCAGCCAUGUGACUCUUCAUUUAUGGGAGCCACCUGCUGUACGUGUAACCUUCCAGCUAGGCAGGGAGUUGGUGUCAGUCCUGUUGUGAAAGGACUAGUGGGAGGUACGUGAUAUUUAUUUUUUGCAAGGAAUGUGGUAGAAUUUGGAAUUUGCCUUGAAAAAAAAGUCUAAACAUUUUUUUAAAAAAAUCCAAAUAUAUUUUUCCCAAGUAUACCAUAUUGCUGUGUGUAAUAUGCCAUAUCAUUAUCUCCACACUCAAUUGUAAUAAAUUAAUAAAAUCGAUAUAAAUCCCCCGUCUCAGAACAACUUUGUUCGAACAUGUAUAUAGAUGAGGAUACCUGUAAUUCUAAUUGCUCCAGAGAGAGAUUGCUGAGAUUUAUCUCUGUUCCCUGUUGGAGUUUUCCUACUGCCUGAAUGUUAAAACGGAGCAACUUCUCUACCGAGAAUGUACUGUAUUGUGUGAAUCUCUGUCAGAAUUUUGUUUCCAAAAAUUAUUGUGUAGGGAACUUAACAACUGUAUUUUAUCUUUUGUGGCUGCGUGUGGAUUAUUUAAGAAUUCCAUGACACCAUUUGUUGCUUUAUACUAAGAGUGUGAUUUUUAUGUUUAGCAGUUAGUUUUCUCAAAAAAUAUAUAAUGAUUACAUGUUGCUGACCUUUUGUAAUGUAUUGUUCCAAGGUGACAUUCCAACCAAUGUUGUUAUGACAGAAAUAGUUGCAAAGGCCGAGUAAGGGAGAAUUCUUAAGCCAAAGCUUGAUAUAUGUUGAAAAGAUUAAACUCAGAAGAAUUUCUUACAUUGUUAUUAACUGCACAUCCAUUGUAAGAACAAUUCAGUUUUUAUGCAUUUGCUUUUAAAAGAGUGAUGAUAUCAUCGUAUUGCAUACAAUUUUUUGUAUGUCUGUAUUAUGCACUGCUUAUAUAUGUAGUAAUUGUUUUUAUAUAUAUAUAUAAAUGUUUAAAGUAGUAGUAUGCAAUACUUCUUCAUAACAGAAGACGUAUUUUGGCAAUUAGACAUAUUAUUGUUAAAGAGAGAAAUAUGAUGCUCUGUAGUAGUUUUAUGUUUUGAUAUAGUUUAGUUAAAAUGUUACUUUAUUUGAGUAUGUUUUUUUACAUUUCACAAACUACUUCAUUUUAUUGUAGUCAUCCUUUCAUGUAAUGUUUAUUUAAAUUGUGUUAAACCAAACAUCUAGUUCAAAGUCCAUUUAUGCAUAUAGUAGUAGACAUGUUUUCUUAACCAUAACUAGGCUGAAUAUAUGAUUUGGAUUUCUUGUACAUUCUUCACAUCUAAAAUUAAACAUUGGACAAUCUAGGAUGGAAUGUAACAAUACCAGAUAAGGAAAGCAGCUACUCACCAUAUAGCGGAGAUGCUGAGUCGCGAUAGACACAACAAAAAGAUUCACACAGUUAUAGUUUUCUGCUACAAAUGACAGACGAAUUGCUAUCCGACAGCUGUUAUGUAAAUUGCACAUUAAACCAACUCCGCUGUUCAGUGUGCGUGACCACACAAGUUUGGCAUUUGACACAUGUGGCACUCUGAGAUAAGCCCAUUCACCGUGCAAGGUCAUACCACAUCAGAUGGGAAAAAAAAUCUGUUUUUAAUUGCCCUGAGGUGAAAAACUGCAUAAAAAGCAACAGUGACAUUGACCUUUAAUUGUUCUGGGGCAAACUGGCAAACAGCCACGUACAAUACACAUUUUUUAUUUCGCAUAUUCUGUCAUUUACAGCACCCUCUAGUGGUGAAAUGUUCGCGCCCUCCCCUGUCCACCUCAUAGUAUUUGCUCCUCCUUCAAUAAUAUUUCGUUCAAUUUUGAAGCCAUUCUGAGCAGUUUUUUUUUAACUGGUGCUUCAGUUUUAAAUACCCUGCAUAUUUAUGUGCUGUAUUCUGAAGAACAAAAAAGUUCAAAAUCUGAGCCUCAAUACUCAGGUUUUUGUUAAUGUAUCUAUUUACAAACACAAAUGUAUUUUAUUUACAAACUCAAUGAGUGAUUUAAUUUACUCCUAUGAAAAAUCAUGUGUGUUGUAAUUUGCUUUUGUUCUUGAACAAAAGGUUAUGGAACAAAAUGGAACUUGGUUGCUUUUCUCUUCAUAGGUUUCUGAUGACCCAAUUGUUGGCUCACUUGGCUAUAGGAAUGAGGCCUGUGAUGGAACAUAUGUAGAGAACUUAACUGUCCAUUGUCUCCAAGAUAUUUCAGUUUGUUAUAAUGUAGUUUGUUCAUAAGUAUAUUUUAAAUAGUUCUGUGUUGUCCUGCUUUUCUUCACUGGAUUGUUUUUUUAGAACUUUGUACCUCUGUUGCUGACGUACUUCUGCUUCAGUUCAAAUUAGAACAGCUGAUGCCGUCCAUUAGUGUGAUGAAUUAGCAAAAUAAUGCAACCCUAUCUUCCAUAACAUUCACUAGUUUUAGCCCGUUACUCCCACGUCUUUUUGUGUAUUGAAAUAGAUGUCACACACUAGGUCAACUUCUGUCCUUAAUGCCAUAUAGGAAGUGGCACAUUCCACAUAGGGACAUUCGUAGAUUGUUGUCAAGAUGUCAUUCUGGCAGAGCUUGUGCAGGAGAACGUGGCACAUGUGCAGAAAUUAAUUCUUAUCUUAGCACUGGGUGAUUCCACAUCUUAUCUUUGUCUCGAAUGGGUGGCCGCCGUAGUUUGCUGUCACCUGAAGCGACCCCUCAGUCAUUUAUGUGCUGCUUUUCUUAUUCAGUAUUGUAGUCAGAUACUGCUGACUUGUCGAAUUAUUGGUCUUACUGGCAUAACCUGUCAAUAUAGUCAUUUGCAGACUUGUUAGCUGUAGCCUCCAUGUUCUGUUUGUGAGCAGGCAACAGCUGUUGAACGGCUCCCUCCUUACCCUGUAGCAGCCACACUUGAUAGAACUCUCACGCUACUGUUAUCCGCUUCCCAACUGUGCCAAGUUAUACUGCAUGUACUCCACUAACCAGGAUGGCCACUCUUGUGGGUGAUCAAAUGUCCCUAAUUUUUUAAAGACCUUUCUGGAGUUUUAUAUUUUUCCCAAGUAGUCCUUUUAUGGGUGGAAACUGAGUGUUGAGCAUGCUUUAAAUAUUCAGCAUUUCUAUUGCCUUAAAAUUGCUGGUUUUGUCUGUUAAUGCAUAAUUGAAAAUAUCCAACAUACUCGGGCAAAUUGACAUUUUAAUGUACCACCAAAUGGCAGAGUUAAUUGCGAUGAGCUGAAUAAAGCACAACAUAUCAGAUAAGAAAUAUCCCAUACACGAAGCGUGCACAUUUUAAGUUUAUCUCUAAAAUAAGAACAAAUUAACUAACUUGACCAUCAAAAAAAUUGAAAAUAACACAUUUAUGUGUUAUGUGCAGUCAGGUAAUGAUAUACACGUAAAUUUUAAGUGUAACUAAUGACCUACUACUUAAAAAGUGCUGGCAAAAUACUCACAAUGUAAUGCCU